CGCGUCUUGACAGGCUUUUGUAAAACUAAAAGACCGGGAAAGAUCUCGGAGACGAGCGCUGUUUAGUAUUUCAUCAAAUCCCCUAUCCUUUGACCAAAAUCUCUUUUCUCCACUUGAAAAUGAAACUUUUGCCCAUUUGCACUUGGCUUCUAUGCCUUUUGGUUUUCAUCGUGUGCUUGGGAUCUGAGUGUGGGACUACACGGGGAAACGCAAGGUCCAAAAGAGACUUGGUACGCAUCAGGGAAGCCAGAAGUACCUUCCCAGGAGCCUGUGCCACACGCUUGCCUCGGGGCAAACGCUCACUUCCCGGGAUAGAUCGGCGCUCCCCUCGCCUGUCACUGGCGGGGGAAAGCACCCCAGGUCGGCGGAGGGCUGUUUACUUUACCGGCAGAGGAGACCAACUACGUCUGAAACCCAAUGCAGAGGUGCCCAGGGGAAAUUUUACCAUGGAAAUGUGGAUAAAACCGGAGGGUGGCCAGCGCUCUCCAGCUGUUAUCGGAGGACUCUACGAUAAAUGUUUCUACUCAUCCAGCGAUAGAGGAUGGUUGGUUGGCGUCAAAGCCAUCAGCGACCAAGCCAAUCGUGACCCUCGAUUCUUCUUCUCCCUCAAGACAGACCGAGCCCACAAACUUACCACCAUCACCUCCAAUGCACCCUACGUUCCCAAUCAAUGGUCACACCUGGCUGUCACCUACAAUGGCCUCUUUAUGAAGCUGUACGUUAAUGGGGCGCAGGUCGCUGUAAGCCGAGACCAGUCUGGUGAGAUUUUCAGCCCGCUUACGAAGAAGUGCAAGGUGCUAAUGAUCGGGGGCAAUGCCUUAAACCACAACUACCGGGGAACAAUGGAACACUUGAGCCUGUGGCGCAGGGCUCUGACCCAACGUGAGAUCAUCAGAUACAUGGCUGGCAGGUACAGCAACUCCGACGACCUCUCUCAGCUGGUCAUCCACGAGAACUUUGAGAACAUGUCAAGAAGGUGGCUCACGAUGAAAGAUGGCAGCUUCCCCAGUUUGGAGUAUUCGGACCGGAACUUGGCAGGUGACCUCAGCGGCUCUCUGGACACUGGACUGAAACCUCCGCCUUGUGGACAGACAGUGUGCGACAAUGUAGAGGUGGUGACGAACUACUAUCAGCUCUGGAGCUUCCGUAAACCCAAGACGGUGCGUUAUCGUGUGAUAAACAUUUACGAUGAUGAGGGAAGGUGGCCGACGGUUACAGAGCACCAGAUCAACCUUCAGCACCAGCACCUGAACAACGCUUUCUGCGUCUACAACAUUACCUGGGAGCGCACAGUCCACAACGUCUACAACUCGUCCUUGCGUAACCGCCUGGUUCUGGCUAACUGUGACAUCAGCAAAGUGGGCGACGAAGAAUGCGAUCUGGAAUGUAACCACACCCUCACGGGCUUCGAUGCCGGAGACUGUAGGAGGCAGACGGCACGUUGUCCUGAAUAUAAGCAGGGGAAUGGGGUUUGCGACCCGGAGUGUAACUGGGACAAUUUCUAUUAUGAUCGCAGAGACUGCUGCAACCCCAACGUCACCGAUGUCACGAAGACCUGCUUUAAUCCCAUGUCACCCUUCAGGGCUUACAUGGAUGUGAAGGAGUUGAAAGAAGUGUUGAAUUUGGAUGGCUCCACACACUUGAACAUCUUUUUUGCUAACUCGACUGAUGAAGACCUGGCGGGUGUGGCAACAUGGCCCUGGGAUAAAGAAGCCUUGACACAUUUAGGUGGCAUCGUGCUAAACCCUUUAUUCUACGGUACGUUUGGCCAUACGCACACCAUGAUCCACGAAAUUGGCCAUAGCCUUGGACUCUACCAUGUCUUCAGGGGAAUCUCCGAGGUGGAGUCCUGCAACGACGCUUGCUUGGAGACCGAACCAUCUCUUGAGACGGGAGAUCUGUGCGCAGAUACCAACCCCACACCCAAGUACAAAUACUGCAGAGACCCCGAGCCGGGCAACGACACCUGCGGCAGAUGUCACUUUACAAACACUCCCUUCAACAACUACAUGAGCUAUGCUGAUGACGGCUGCACAGACUCAUUCACCUUGAACCAGGUUGCUCGGAUGCACUGUUACCUCGAUCUCAUCUAUCAGUCUUGGAGUCCCGGAAGUAAACCGGCUCCAGUUCCUCUGCCUCCUUGCGUCACGGCGCAGGACCAAGACUCGCUCACGCUGGAGUGGUUCCCUGCCCUCACGGGACAUUACUUUGACAGAGAAGUGGGAUCAGUUUGUGACAGAUGUACGGAGGUCGGCGUGCUCUUGCAGUUUGCUUCCAACUCGUCCUCGCCCCGACCCUGCGCCCCCUCUGGCCACUGGAGCCCCCGUGAGGCAGAAGGUCCACCAGAUGUUGAGCAGGCCUGUGAACCGAGCGUCCGCACGUGGAGCCCCAACGCAGGUCUAGACUCAAGCAGCGUUGGUUCCGCGUCUUGCCCACCCCAGGGCUGCAUGCUCCAGCUCGAGUUUGCCUAUCCGAUGGUUCCUGACUCCCUCACCGUUUGGGUCACCUUCUGUUCUCCAGAGGAGAGUGGGCUUCCCGCGAUCCAAGACAUCCUUCUCUUGACACUCAGCGGUAACAACGUCUCAUUGGGUCCACAGUACGUGUUCUGUGACACUCCGUUAACCCUCAAGCUGGAUGUAGAGGAGGAAGUGUAUGGGGUGCAGUUCUUCACCAUGGAGCAGCACCUGGAAAUCGAUGCCAUAUUGCUGAGGUCAAAGCCGGACAGCCCUCUGUGUCAGAAGUGUCAUCCUCUAUGCUAUCGUCUGAUUCGCCAGCCACCGUUCACACACUCACCACAUGGCCUGAUCCUUCAAGAACCCAUUCUGAGAUACGUGGACAGGGAUGUAAAGCCCGAUGAGACAUACACCUACCACAUUCUGACAGUGUCUAGACAAGCAGAGAGCGAACCAUCUCCUCCUCUCUCACACCAGCUGGGUUCACCUUACUGUGGGGAUGGACUCAUCCAAAAAUAUCUCGGAGAACAAUGUGAUGACAUGAACUUCGUCAACGGAGACGGCUGCUCGAACCAGUGCAGGAAAGAGCCAUCGUUCAAUUGCGUCGAUGAGCCCAGCUUAUGUUACUAUUACGACGGUGAUGGUGUGUGUGAGGACUUUGAGAGGGAAACGAGUAUACGGGACUGUGGGCUUUAUACGCCGAGCGGCUUCCUGGAUCAGUGGGCUACAGAGGUGGAGGUGUCCGGUGAGGAGAAGGUCCACUGUCCUGCAGAGGUGGCCGUUGGAUAUCCUGCAGUGACAAGGAGCUGUCAAUCGAAGGUGUUUGAUCUGUCGCACGGCGUGUCUCAGUACGCUUGGUUUCCUUGUGAGGAGUCUCAACAUGACAGCUGGUCUUCACAUUUUUGGCUAAAGGCCUAUUACGCCCAUCCUAUGGUAGCUGCCGCUGUCAUCAUCCACCUGGCUGCUGAUGGGACGGCUGACAUUGACCAGAGACAGCACAACAUCACCGUUCAGUUGGUGGACACCAAAGAGCAAACCCACUCUCUUGGGGACUGGAGACUGAGUUGCCGGAACAAUCCGCUGGUGAUUCCCGUGAGUCACGACCUGAGCGCGGCCUUCUACCGCACCAAGGCCAUUAUAGUGAGCUUCGGCUCUCCUCUGGUGGCCAUCUCAGGUGUGGGCUUGCGCUCCUUCCAGUAUUUUGACCCCAUCACUAUCAGCGGCUGUCAGAGCAAUGAAAUCUACAACCCCAUGGGCCAAAGUUGCGUCCAUUACUCGUGCGAUGCCAUCGAAUGUCAAAAGCCAACGGUCACCAAUGCAGAGAUGAAGUGCAACAGUCCGGGAUACUUCAACGGAGCACGCUGCAGCAUCACCUGCAACCGAGGAUACACGCUGAAGAUCCACAGAGACGAUGACAUCAUCAAAACACAGUCGGAAUCCACGGUGACUCUCAUCUGUGCCGAUGGUAAAUGGAACAAGCAGGUGACCUGUGAACCCGUAGACUGCGGGCGGCCCGACAAGUACCACGUGCACCCGGCCAUCUUUGAGUUCACCGAGGGUACCACCUACGGCAAGAAGUGCACUUUCCAGUGCCGGGAGCCGGCUCAGCUCGUGGGUAGUAACAAUGUUCUGACGUGCAUGGAGGAUGGAAUGUGGUCCUUCCCUGAGGCUCUGUGUGAGCUCCGCUGUCCCAUCCCUCCUCCUGUACCCAAUGCUGUCCUUCAAACCAAGCGCUGCAAUGCCACAGACCUCAAAGUCGGUUCCUUCUGCAAGUACAAGUGCAAGCCUGGUUACCACGCGCCCCACGUCGACAAAUCCAAUAGGAUGGUUCCCGUCACAUAUCACAGACGUGCGUUUAAGCGUCAGUGUACCGAGGAUGGAACCUGGCAGCCGGGUGAGUGCGUGGCCGUCACGUGCGAGCCUCCUCCCGCCAUCUUUCACGGCACCUACAAGUGCACGAACGGCUUUCAAUUCAACAGCGACUGCUGGAUCGACUGCGACAGGUCCAACCACACGGUGAGACAGCACAGCCGCUGCAAGCAGGGUCCUUCCACCAACAUGAUCCGAUGUCGAAAGGACGGGAACUGGACCGGCUCAUUGCGUCUCUGCCCCAACCUGACGGGACAGUGUUCUGUACCGCAGAAUCUCAGCCCAGCCAUCCAUCUCAACUGCCAGGGCGGACACCGGAUAGGAGAGGAGUGCGAGGUGUCCUGCCGAGAUGCCAGCAGCAGCGUGAUUCUCCUGCCCGGCAACAUGACCGUCCAAGCCGUGAUGACAGACCACUGGUGGAACCCGCCCAAAGUUACGAAUAUGGUAUGCACCAUGGGACUCAAGUGGUACCCUAACCCAGAGGCUCUCCAUUGCAUCAAGGGAUGUGAGCCUUUCAUGGGGGACAACUACUGCGACGCCAUCAACAACCGAGCAUUCUGCAACUAUGAUGGUGGAGACUGUUGUCGUUCCACGGUCAAAACCAAAAAGGUGAUCCCGUUCCCAAUGUCAUGUGACGUUCGAGGAGACUGUGCAUGUCGAGACCCCCACGCCCAGGAAAACAACAAAGGAUUCCGUCACCGGUUUAUCGGCUGAGCUUCGAGCCCCCUCGGUGGCACCCAGGGGCCUGAUGGGAAAUCAUUCCUCAACAUGCUGCUUAUCAGAGGGUCUCUCCACUCACACCACACUCCAACAUACCAGCCAUCAUGCCCUUGUUUCCUUAUCCAACAACAACCUAUGAGGGUAUGACACUCAACCUCAAAAAAUGAAUUAACCACCAAACCGGGAUAAAAAAGUGGAAGUUUUACCAACGCAUCCAAUGGUAAUAGCAACUGUAGAUGUCGUCAAACUUGGGCUUAAACAAGCCUGUGCUGACAGUUUCGUUCCUUUAUGUUUGCUUUAAUUGACCAUUAUCUGGGACCACCUAGCUGACUGUUUAUCCGUUCGCUGUGUCUUUUCAUGUCAAGAGUUCUGUUUUUUGGCAUUUUUCGAACACAAAGUAAUAUGAAAUCCAAAAAAGAGACGGGCUGAACACAAAUAGCUCGCACUCUUCCGAAUGUUUGGGCUGCUCUCACAACCGUAACGAAAAUCUAGCUGGCGACCUCGGCGCCUCUAUGAGACGCAGAGGGAUGAUGGGAAUGUUUCACGGCACUAGAUGUACGAGUGCAGCUGCUGUGGCCCUAAAUCACAAAACUCGUAGAUCGGCAAGAAAUGAAGCCGAAAAUCAUCAGCGGAGGUGUUGAUCCUGUGAGUUACAACCCCAGUUGCUGUUCGUUUUGCUGUUUUUGAGUGGACAGUUUGUAGUUUAAUGUAUCACAAUGUGCUGUCUCUGCUCAAAAUGCAUCUUUACAGCAUAUCACACCGCUUUAAAGACAAAUACACAAUCAUGUUAAAGCUGCUAUUGCACAUUUAAAGGGACAGUUCACCCCAAAAAAAAUCAUUGUUCAUUCACCCUCGUCAAUGGGUGCCAAUGUUGUUUGGUUACCGACGUUCUUCAAAAUAUCUUCUUUUGUGUUCUGCAGAGGAAAGAAAGUCAUACAGGUUUGGAAUGACAUGAUGGUGAGUCAAUGAUGGAAGAAUGUUCAUUUUUGGGGUGAACUUUCCCUUUAAGCAUUAUGAUCAGGAGUGCUGUUGUACUGAAUAUUAGCAUGGCUGUGAGUCAGCCGUGCACGAUAUUCAGUAAGACAGCAUUGCUCAUUGUACAGUCUUGUCUAUCAACAAAUUAUAUAUCUUGUAUUUUGGACUACGUUUGGCGUUACGUUUUUAUUUAGCCAAUGAAAUGAAUGCCGAAGGAAGAUAGGACAGAGUAUGUGAGUAGAAAGGCUGAGCAUUCUGUAAUUAUCCCAAUCCAGAUCCACUCCGAGUUUUCCCACUGCCCAUUUGAUCUCAAGAUGGCUUUAUAUUAUUUGAAAAAAACGACAAAACAAGCAUUUAACAAAGCCGAAGAACCAAUGUUUUAAGUUAUGAACAUAUAUCUUGUUAUGCCAGUUAUAUUUUAUUGUGUAGAAAUUGUGAGUGGGGAAGCACAAAGUUUAAAAAAAGUUGAGUAAAAAUCCAUAUACUAGAAUUCCAUAAAACAUUUGUAACUCCAAGCUAAUUCAGCUCCUCGCAGCUGAAUUUUGUGCAUUCAUCCAUUCAUUCGUUUCAAGUAAUGAAAGCAACGUAACAUCCGAUGGCAGUCUGUUCGGCCGAUGAGAUUUGAAAUACAACCAAACUUCCCCGCCCAUCCAAAUACAAUAAUAGGAGAAAGAGCUCGACCCCAAGAACUGGAAAAAUGAGUCGGUUUGAUCACGGUAGAAGUCGGGAGACAAAACUACGUUUAGAACUUCUUGAAAAUAGUCAGUCAGCAUUUUCUCGUUCAUGAUCCGAAGUACUGUAGUCACAAAGUUGACCAAAAUGAAUCAAUAAAAAAUUACAUUUUGUUAUUUAUAUCUCAUUAUACCCACACAAACAACAUCAUUACUGGAUAACUGUAAAGCGUGUGUAGUUUCACCGCAGUGCGCAAUUACAGUAUAAUCGCACACAUUAUGUUUUUUAUAGAAGUCGAAUGCCCAGUGUUAAAGUGGUGCUUACCGUCCCUAGUCUGAUCCGGCGUACUGUUACCGCUCAUUAGCUUAUAAUAUCCACACAUCGCUCCAAAACAAACCAUUUGUAGAUAUAUGAGAAACUGCGAACAGGCUUCGGAGCCUUUAUCACCGGCUCCCUUGGCUCUUAAAGUAAAUCUGAACGGCAUCUUCCUCCAGAGAAUACGUUAAAUAUGAAGUGAAAAACAACAACAGCUGUCGUGUUGUUUUACAGCAAGGCCGUUUAUCCAACCCAGAACCGGUCGUGCCAGAAGUUAUUUCAACGCGAUUAACGUCUAACAAUAAAUGUAUCAAAUACUAUGUUUUGCAGGACCUUCUGUGUGCGUAUGUUAAAAAUGUCUGUAGCGAUCAGUAUUUUUAUCGUUGACCACAGUCGCUGCACUUGUCUUUGUAUAGUCGUUUUAUUGACGAAAUAGGAAUAAAAAGAGAGAAAACGUUUACCGUAAUAAGCUGCUAUGGUCAGACAGGUUAUAGUAAUUGUAGAAUUAGCGUUUUAGCAUCAUGGAAUAGUACUUUAUACUGUGGUGUUUUUUGUUUUGGUAAUGGAUUCUGUUUACUACCUUUGGCUGAAAGCUUAGAUAAACGAAGACGGUCAAUAAAAACACCAUUCAACCUGCGAGAGCCACCUUCAGUGUAAAGAUCAUGUCGUAUUUAAUCUGCAUAGACGUCUUCGUUGCUAGUAUUUAACUGUAUGUUAUUGCAUAGUAAAUGCUGAAAUACUGCUGCUUUAAUACACGCAUCACUUGGAGAGAGUGCCUAGAACAAAUACAGUAUAUAUGUGCAAUCUUAUGAAGCAGUAAACAACCGGUUUCAAUCUUCACUUACGUACGAUCGUUCCACGUGUAGGGGUAUCGUACGCAAACGGCCGUCUCCUUUUCUGUCCUUUUUUCCUGGAAAUGUCUCUCUUAAAGCCAUGAAAAACAAAUUUGUUGUUUGGUGAACACGUUUGAAGAGAAACCGUUCAACAGUCUACUGUAAACUAAACAGGAUCUUUUUUUGCUGUACUGUACCUCAUGCCUGUAAUGUUUGCUGCUUAUUCAGUAUUUUAGUUAUUUAAAUCUCUUAGCAAUAUACGAUGUUGUAAAUAAUAUAAUUAUUUAUUAAAAACGUCUUUUUUUGUUUAUUUAUAUUUACACGGUUCAUCUAAGUUAUUUUUAUAUGUCUCCAGUGUUAUUUGGUGGGAUCAAGUCUUGUUUUCUUGCUGUUAGAAAGUAAAGGUCUGGUUCUACCGCAAACAAGCAAACGUUUUUACGGCCACUCGACUUGUACGAGAGUAAUAAAUAAGUCUUUGAUGCACAAGGAAAACGUUAUAGAAACGUCACCUUUGGAAAGUUGUACAAAGCCUUCCUUUGCUGUAUUGACUUCCACCCGUGUUUUACAUUCCAUAUGUUUGUAUAUUCUGGCAAAAUUGGUCGGCGAGGUCCCGUUUCCAGUCGCUCGGUAGAUACGUUGAAGCGGUCUUGUGGUUUUGUGUAAAUAGUAGAAUAGGCGAGAGAAACUGAAAGACCGCUUGUGGCGGCUGACGUUCGGCCACGUAUAGAAGAGCCUCGUGCAUAGAUUCGGAGCCUUCGUCACGUUCAUCCAUUCAGACCUCAACGAACCAUGUCCUGUUUUAUAUACGUGAUUGUGAUUUUGAAGGUUUAUACGUUCAGAUUUCACGUGUGUGUCGUGCUUGCCAUGUGUAGAACAAAACAACCCGAAGUCACUUUGCAUUCUCAGACGGUUUCAAGCAUAGAAAAAGGUUUUUAUUUUAUAGCUGACAUUGUUUAACAUCCUCGCGUCAGUUCAGCAUGCUUUUAUCAGGUCCGAUGCCCUGAACUUUACAGUUGCAUGAUUAAAACCGUGUUCCCAGACUUUGUUGUGUAACAUUUUGAUGGUGUGCUACCUCCGUCAGAGUAGUAUAGGAGAAUGUGUGUAGAUGUAUUUAUCCUAAAGUUUAUUGCGGUGAGAGAUAGAACUUAUCCAGAACAUUCAUUUUGUUUUUUUAAUUUCUUUCCAAACCUUCAUAUCCAAUAUGUUAUAUAUUAUUUGUUACAGUAUAUAUUUUUUCACGAGAGUGUUCUUUGUUCGUUCUUUUAAAUGACCUGCUCCGUAUUAUACGUCAUGGUUUGGUCUCCAUAUUCUUCUGCGACUGCACUGACAUAAAAAUCAAGACCAGACAUUAUACGGCCUGACCUGUUUUUCCUUCUCUGUGUUUCUGAAAAGCGACCCUGCGCAGGGUUCAGUUUUUACACUGAUGGUUUCCAUAAUGAGCACUGGUUCGAAUCAAUAAACCCACUUCUCUCAGUAUACACACUUUAUGCACUGUUUAGGGCACUUACCACAAUCCUGUUGUAAUAACCCAUUGGUUUUUACCAUUUGUCAAUUUUCAUGAGUAUCUUGUGAGCAUUUUGCCACUGUUGUCUGUUUUUAUAUAUGUAUCUAUACACUGUAAAAAAUGAUUUGUUGUUUUUUGUUGU